AUGGCGCAGCUCCUCUCUUCCGUAUCGAUGGAAGUCAUUUUUAAAUUUCGGAACUUCUCCGGAGGUGGCUUGCGGGGAUCUGAGGAUCAUCGACGGUUAAGGACCAAGCGCCGCCGCUCCUUCUGUAGGCGGCAACGACGGGCUGACGUGAUCGCGGCCAUGGCUGAAGAUUCGUUCUACAAGGAAGAUUUUGCUGAUGGUUACUAUGAGGUUCUGGGAUUGCUUCCAGAUGCCAGUCCACAACAGAUAAAGAAAGCAUAUUAUAAUUGUAUGAAGUCUUGUCAUCCAGACUUGAGUGGAAAUGAUCCGGAGGUUACAAACUUUUGCAUGUUCAUUAAUGAAGUCUAUGAGGUUCUUAGUGAUCCUGUGCAGCGAAUGAUAUAUGAUGAAAUACAUGGGUAUGCGUUGAGUGCAAUCAACCCCUUCUUCGAUGACACUUCUCCCAAGGAUCAUGUAUUUGUUGAUGAGUUUAGUUGCAUAGGUUGUAAAAAUUGUGCCAAUGUAGCAUCAGACGUUUUUAGAAUUGAAGAAGAUUUUGGAAGAGCAAGGGCAUGUAGUCAAUCCGGAAAUCCGGCCCUAGUCCAAGAAGCAAUUGAUAGCUGCCCAGUUGAUUGUAUCCAUUGGACUUCCGCUGCACAAUUAUCUCUACUUGAAGAUGAAAUGCGCAGGGUGGAAAGAGUGAAUGUUGGUCUGAUGCUUGCUGGAAUGGGUGGUGCGUCCACUGAUGUUUUUGCAAUGGCAAAUAGAAGGUGGGAAAAGCGACAGGCAAAAGUUCUGGAGAAGGCUAAGUCGAGAAUGAUGAAGCAAAAGGAUUAUUAUGAUAGAAGCGGGUCUUGGAGCAAUCUUUGGGGAAAUCUAAAUCGUUAUGAAAAUACAGAGGAAGAAGUAAAGGAGAGAGCUAAUAAAGCAGCAGCAGCAGCAGCCAGGAGAUGGAGAGAGUACUCCAGCAGAGGUGCGGAUCGACCUCCUACUUAUAAACUUCCAGACGCUAUCUCCAAAUCUGAAUAAUAUCGAAAAUAAUCAUAACAAAAAAACUCUUACUAUUAAUCCAAAUGCAUUUCAUGUAAAUCCUCUUCAUUGUGUAUCUACUAAUCGCAUAUAAUUGUCUAUGUAGCACACUGAUAUAGUAUUGGAAAAUAUUUGGAUCAAGAAAGUGAUUUAAGUUUAGCCUGAAUGAGCUUUGAAUUAUCAGAUUUAUCUACAUGAGAUUUGUAUAUUAUAUCAAAAUUGUAACUGGUAAUGCAACAUUUGUAUACAACUAAGUUCAAAUUUAUUUACAAAAGCAUAAGAAAGAA